AUGCCCUUUGUUAGAAGAGAUAUCUCAAUAAAGACAUCCUGGUGUGUGGUGCUUAGACUCGUCCAACGUUGGACUACUGACCAUCCAACUCACCGUUGGACUCCUCAGGACUUGCGGCUCCUGAGGGUCCCCUCCCUGACCUUGGUGAAGCAACUGGCUGAUUGGGGUCGGGAUCCAGUGCGACAACAGACCUUCCAGCGAUUGAACCGCACCUGCAAAGUGGUGGUGUCGGAGGCAACGACAAGGGUUGGGCAUUGUGGAUGA